AUGCGCUUUCUACCAAGCCCCAUUCAAAAGUUCGAAGCGUGGCUGUCAGAGGCUCUCGAAUGGCGGAUGAGCCACCACGGAGAGAAGGAAUUCGUCGGCGCAGAUGUCUUCGCCUACCUUCUCGGGGAACAGGGUAAACAACGCCGCAAGUUGGACCGGCGAGAGCUGCAGCAGGACUGCAUGCUCAUGGUCGUCGCAGGCGCUGACACGACGUCAAAUGCGAUGACCUUCUGCCUUUACGAACUAGCCCGGCACCCCAACGUUAUAGCCAGGCUGCGGGACGAGCUUGAUCCUCUGGUCUCGGAACAUCUCCAGCCGCAAGACUUUGACACUCUUCGUGACAGUGCCCCCCUGCUUAAUGCAUGCAUCAAUGAGACGCUCCGCCUUUGGCCUCCAGUCCCAUCGGGGCUGCAGCGAACGACAACCGCCGCCUUAGCCUUGCCUGACGAUGCCAGAGGCAGUCAAGGCAAGAUUGUCUUGCCGCCUGAUACUGUCGCGUCGACACACACAUGGACGAUUCACCACGAUCCACAGAACUUCUACGACGCGGAUAGCUUCAUUCCCGACCGCUGGAUGGAGAACGGGGAACGUACAGCGGCACACAACGCCAAGGCAUGGGCGCCGUUUGGUUCCGGGUCGACGUCAUGCAUCGGGAAGAACUUGGGUUACAUGGAGAUGAGGGCAGUCCUGGCACAGUUCGUCGUCAGAUUCGACUUUGCCAUCACCCCAGAGAAUGAUGGGCAGUUCCGGAACUCGGUCCGGGACCAAUUCGUCGUGGCUGCUGGGGCUAUGAAGCUCCAAGUUGUGCCUCGGAAGAGAGAGUCGUGA